CCCGCCUGCAACGGAUUUGUGGGAUUGCAAACCAGACCUGUUGGGAGCGCUUUUCUGAUUUAACUUCCCCAAGUUCUGAUAUUCAGGAGCAUCUUUGUCGAACUAGACCACUGCAGUCAUCGGCAGCGAAGGUUGAGCGUUCAUUGCAGUUCACCCCGCCCCCGCACCCCGGUGCAUUACAGCUCGCGCGAGGUUUCUUGAACCGCACUCGGCUGGCCCCAACCAAUUGACCCCGAGCACCGAAAUCCCCUCCAAGAUGGCAUCUGGGCACAAUGAUCCGAAGUUACUCUACGCCAUCAAUGGCGUGUCGGCGUACCAUAUCGUUAAUGGCAAGGAGGAGCCACUCACUCCCGCCGGCCCGCAAACACUGUCGCUGCUGAUGGUGCCGACGACGUCCGCCUUUGCCGACCCCGCUAUCGACCCCGACGCCACGCCGGAGCAAGACUUCUACCUGCACCUCCACCUGCCGCCCGAGCUGGAUCUACCGCUCCCGGCCACAACACAGAUCUACCACCAGCCGCCGACCAGUUAUCUGAUCCCGCGAUGGGAUCUUGGACCCGAUAGCGGCGCGUUCACUAGAAUCGAGUUUCCCCAAGUAGAGAGCCGCAAGGGGAUCCAGGAGGAUGUCGACACGUUCGAGACGAUCCUGGCGCAAUGCACCGCCUUCCUCGAACGGGCGCCACCACCCAAGAUUGGGAAGGACGAGCAAUGGUGGGAAGGCGGUAGCGAGAGCCAGAAGAGCGCAGCGAGAAAGGCCGCAGAAGCGGCGGGCGACGCGCUCCCUGCAUAUAACCCGGCCGACUUCAAGCCUGGGGAGGGGUACGUGCGGGGCAGCCACAGCGGGGCCGCAAAGGGACAGAUUGUGCUCGUCGACGAGGAGGAUGGCAGCGUCAUAGGAGAAUUAGCCGAUGGAUAUCAGGUCGUCGAGGACAGCAAGCUGAAGCCGGGUUCGAAAGACCCGGUCGAGAUAACCCUCCCCGCCGCUGGCGGGCAGAAUAUCAACGUCGCCCCGAUUUCCCAGGAUUUGUACGCGGCAAACCUUCAUCCGGCGUACAAGAAGUCGUUUCUCGUGUCCAACGCCUCGGCGGCCUCGCGUCUCAUCAUUACUGGUUCCGACAUGCUCUCCAAGCUGCUCCAGAACCAGGCCGACAACUUCACCAAGAAAGUCCAGCCAGAUGCCAAGCCCCUCACGUUUAAGCCCACCACGCGCGAGCACAUCCGGCGCAUCAGCGCCUUCACCGGUAGCGCGGCAGCCCUCUCGGCCAAGACGGUUGGCCAGAUCACUAAGGUGGCUCAGAACUGGGGCGCCUCCCUCGGUGGUCACGGCAAAAACAAGGAUGGCUCCCCGCACAAGGGCUUCGACAAGGACGGCAAGCCGAUUCCGACAUAUAAGCCGGGCCUGCUCAACAAGAGCAUGAUGGCUUUCUCCACCGUCAUGGACGGCGUCGAGCAGGCCGGGCGCAACCUGCUGGCCUCGACGUCGGAAGCGGCGACCACGGUAGUGGGGCAUAAGUGGGGACCCGAAGCCGGUGAAGUGACCAGGAGCCUGGGUAGUGGGGUCAAGAACGUUGGAUUGGUCUACAUCGACGUCACGGGCGUGUCGCGGAGGGCCAUACUGAAGAGCGUGGCCAAGGGCAUGGUAGUCGGCAGGACGUCGACGGGAGACAACAUCAUUGUUGGGGGAGGCGAUGGAGGAGUCGCUACCCUGAACCGGGAGAGGCAGGACACGCAGUCGCUGAGCGGCAUGACGGUAGCUGAGGGAAAGCAGCCUGCAGGCUCGCUGAACGAAAAGUACAAGUGAUCCUGCUAGUUGUUUCGCAUAGUGUUGACCUUUGGGUUGGGAAACGGCGGGGUUAUGCUGUCUAAUCAGGGUGUUUCUCUUUCUUUUUAGAUUUUAGAAACUUCCUUUGCGAACCUUUUUUUGUUGCUUUGUGCCUGAACCCUCGCCCGCCUGAACGUUCGGUCUCAGACCCCUUCGCCUUUCAUCAGGGAGUUAUAGCUGGGGCCAAGUUGAGAGCUAUCACGUGAGCGCGUCAGAACCGCGUCACAAAACUGGGGAAGGACGCGUUAAGCCAUUCCUACACCCCACCUAACAAGUACAGUAGCAUCCGCUGCAAGGGCCCCGUCCUGCAUGCUGCACUGGCAACUUGCAAUUGACAUGAAUUUCGAGAG